AUGGCUGUGAUGAAGGAUGAGACCUUUGGACCUGUCAUUCCCGUAAUGAAGGUCUCUGGUGAUGACGAGGCUGUGCGUCUGAUGAAUGACAGCACCUUCGGUCUCACUGCCAGUGUGUGGAGCAAAGAUGUCGCGGCCGCCGAGAAGCUUGUCGAGCGUGUUGAGGCAGGUACUGUCUUUGUGAACCGCUCUGACUUCCCCAGUCCCGACCUCGCCUGGACAGGUUGGAAGAACUCCGGUCGUGGUGUAACUCUUAGUCGAUUCGGAUUCGAACAGUUUGUUAAACUGAAGAGCCACCACAUCAAGGACUACCCCAAAUAA